ACGGUUUUAAUUACUUUUCUAGAUCGAAUUGCCACAAAGCGUCACGUCAAUGCCACGUGGAACGAAGACCUGAUCAAAAGGAGCCACGUAGGUACCACAUCAGACAAAACCGGAGACAAUACUGCCAAGGGACCUCGUUUGCUUGGUUUUGUAAGUUGGAGGAUGCGUUGUAUCCGGUUUUGCUGUCGAGGAACGAAUUUCAGACUCGACGACAAAUUAAGGGACCUAAAACUUACUCCAACUAAGCGAGACAUGGCCUACAGGGCGGCCCAUGGAACCGUGCUCGACGGGAAGCGAUCGAUAGGAUUUAUUCCCUUCUCUUAAUUGCUACUCAUGGAUUAAGGAAACUUAUUAAUCCACUACAUUAAAACCUGACAACACAUAUGCACAGGGCCCAGAAGCAGAGAAUGCAAAAGCCAGCCCUGCAGGGAAACAGAAAAGGCAGAAAAUCAUGCCAAAUCAGAACUGCCUACUAGACUUCCCCGCGGAUAAUUAACCACUGCCAUUACCGCAGCCACAAAUCGGUUCACCUUUUUAUUCACCCCCAACGAAGAGUUUGCCGCUUCUAGCUUCCUUACUCCACCAUCGCCUCCCAGUGAAUCUGCUCCUGUUCACACAGCGAGAUUCAUCGUCUUCCACCUCCGUUUAGCUCUUUGCUUUUUUUAUUUUUGCCAUACAUGAGUGGGUGUAGCUGGCUCUGUUCGUUGGUGAUCCUGCAGGCCGUUUGCUCCGCCUGCUGGCAGGUUGCUGGUGCCAACUCGUUGCGGCUUGCCGUCGGUCAGAUCGGAGGUGUUUUUGUGUACCUCCAAGAUCCGAGCCUUAUGUCGCGGCGUGCCCGCGACGAGCUUGUAGAUGGUAGCUGCUCCGGUGAUGAAGAUCUGGCUGAUCAUGGAGCUUGGCCGCAACCGGGAGGAGGAGCUGGUGGUGAUCAUGGAGGUGUGCCGCGAGGAGGAGAAGCCGGCGAAGCUGAAGCCGAUGUAGAUGUCGACGGCGACGGUGGUUCUGCUGGCGACGUCGAGUGCCAGGUAUGUCACAAACGAUUCAAAAACGACAAAUCUAUGUUUGGCCAUCUGCGGAGCCAUCCCAACAGAGGUUACAAGGGUGCCACCCCACCUCUCAAGAUGUCGAGCACACCGUCGUCGUCGUCACCGGUUAUACCGGCCGGCAGCCCACCGCCACAGCCACCACCGUCGUCAUCGUCGUCACUACGACCGGUUGGUGACAGUAAUUCCUCAAUGCCAACGCCUGGCAUCUCUUUAACCACUUACGAGAAAUUGGCUGCCUGUGUGAUGCUCACACUUAGGCGUCGGUACGACCGGGAUCAACGGCAACUGCAAGCUCCACCGAAGCUCGAACGAGCUGGAGCAGGAGACCAGCUGGCCACAAACAUGGUGGAAGGAGCCGAGGGGAGCUCCCGCGCCAUUGUCCGCGACGAACAUGAAGCACGGAGGAGGAAGAAGGGGAAGAGGAAGCUGAAGGAGCCUAGAGAGGAAGAGAGGAAGGUGAAGAAGGAGAAGAAGCGUCACCCCUACAUGUGCAAGCAUUGCAAUGAGGAGUUCUCCACACACCAGGCGCUGGGCGGGCACAUGGCCGGCCACCAUAAGGAGAAGAGGAUCCUCCUCAAGGAGAAACAGCGUGAGAGAAGCCUUGUCCUGGAAAAAGAACCUGAAAGGAGUCAUCACCUGAUGGAGGAGAAACAUCCUGAAAGAGGCCUGAUCCUGGAGAAGAAACAGCUCGAGCGAAGCAGCAUAGUCUUGAAGGAGAAACAACCUGACAAGAACCUGAUCCUGGAAGAGGAACAACCUGAGGUGGUGUACCAAGACAAAAUUGAUCAGACCAUGAACUGGCAGAAAACGGAAAGAAACGAGGGAGUGUCGUACCUUGGUGGCGGCUCCAAUACAGCGCCGAUUGCUCAAGAAGAUAGCCGCCCACCGUUUGGUUUUGACCUCAAUGUUGAGGCUCCAGAACAGGAAUAGAACUGGAAUAGCAAUCCAGCAUAUCAUCUGUGUAAUCUCGUAGUAAAACAAUAAAGCUAGAUGGUAGGCAUGUUUGCCUAAAGCCAGGAUUCCAAAGACAAAGACAUGCUGUAGGCCAUUCCCUAUGUUGCUUUGAGAAUUGUUUGCA